AUGAUGAUGAUGAUGGUAGUGGGGCGAGGGCAGGGCGCCUGACGUGUCUCUUCAUCAUCAGCUUGUGAGGAGCGCACGGUGACACUUUAUCGCGCUCUUCUCUCUCGCGCUCUCUCAUUCCGACUCGAGCGCUGUGCCAUGCGAGCGCGUGCGUCUUCGCGUGCCAACCUCGCGUGCGCUCGGAGCGUCGGAUCCCGGCGCGAUGCGGGAAGUAUAACGAGAGCUCAGAUGUUUGGAGGUUCUCCACUGGAUUGUUGGUAAAUGUUCCUGCCCCACUCUCUGACGACCAUGCUUUAUUUCCAGCUGGUGAUCAUGGCGGGGACGGUCAUGCUGGCAUAUUACUUCGAGUACACGGACACGUUCAACGUGCACGUGCAGGGCUUCUUCUGCUACGAGAUCGCGUACACGAAACCCUACCUCGGACCCGAGGACACAAGCGCCAUCCCGCCCGCCCUGCUGUACGCGGUGGUCUCCGGGGUCCCCACGCUGCUGAUCACCGUGACAGAAACGGUGUUGUUCUUGAUACAGUACACAUCGAAAGAUCUCGACAGUCGAGAGAAGACCAUGGUGACUGGGGACUGCUGUUACCUCAACCCAUUAGUGCGGAGGACUUUCCGUUUCCUUGGUGUAUACAUGUUUGGUCUUUUCACCACAGACAUCUUCGUGAACGCUGGUCAGGUGGUAACGGGGAACCUGGCCCCUCAUUUUCUGACAGUGUGUAAGCCAAACUACACAGCUCUGGGUUGCCAGCAAGCUCUUCGCUACAUCAGCCAUCAGGAAGCCUGCACUGGCAAUGAGGACGACAUCCUACGAGCCCGCAAAACCUUCCCUUCCAAAGAGGCGGCGCUCAGCGUGUACGCUGCUGUCUACAUGGCUAUGUACAUCACAUUUACAGUGAGAGCCAAAGGAACUCGUCUGGCUAAACCAGUCAUGUCUUUGGGCCUGAUGUGCCUGGCUUUCCUUACGGGUAUUAACAGGGUGGCAGAGUAUCGUAAUCACUGGUCUGAUGUCAUCGCUGGCUUUAUCAUCGGUGUGGCCAUCGCUAUCUUUCUAGUGGUGUGUGUGGUCCAUAACUUCAAAGGCAAACAACUGCUGAACGAGGAUCCCCCACAGGACCCACUAAGCAAUGAUCCGAUGGUCAAUUCGCCCAGGGUUGAGAGUCCACUGGAGAAGUACAUCGCUUCACAGAAUCACAUCGCCUUCGCUGAGAUCACGUGACCUUGAUUCGCCGGUGUGGCAGACACAUUGGACAUCCACACUGUUUACUGUCCAGUCUCGAUAGUCCCGGCUCAACGCGCACGCAGUGGUCAUAUUCUCUAUAGUGUCGUUUUGGAUCGCUCUGCCCUUGCUUUGUGUGUGUGUGUGUGGAAAUAUUGGUCCUAUCAAUUAAUAACUGUUACCAUCACGCAACUAAUGACUGAAGCUGCACUUCACAUUUUCCCGAUCAGUUCUGUUGGCUUUCUUGCAAAACAAGCUUUUAUCUAGAGCUCAGAAUAUCUCUGCUGCUCUCAUAUGUGGAGAGCAUAUGUGUCUGUGUUUGCAUUUGAAAGGUUUAUGGCAGGUUGAUGCAAAUACCUGCGCUUGGAAUUCAAAAUGGACUUAUCUUGUAGUUGUGGAAAUUUUUCGUUGUCAUAUAUUCCUGAAAAUGUUUAUUCCUAUAUUAUUUUUUCUCAUUUAGUGCUUGCAUUGGAUGAAUGCAAACAUCUGGAAGCUUAUUUCUGCCUGAGAGUAAAAAAAAAAAAAAAAAAGGUUAUUAUGAGUUUAUUUCUUGGAACAAUUAUUUCACAAUGUGAUUUCUCAAGCCAUAUGUGUCUCAUAAUUGU